CCAUGGCGGCGGCCGCGGCGGCAGCGCCGGAUCCCUGGCAGAGGGCGGCUCCGCGGAAGAGGCGAUCGGCGGGGCGGCGGCCGCGGCGGAGGGAGGCGGCAGCCCCGGGUCCCCAGGCGGAGCUCGAGACGAAGCUCGACGCUGAUAGCGGAGUUGUACUUCGUCGCCUGCAGGAGGCCGAAAAGGACCUGCUUAUCUCUGAUUUCUGGAGUUCAGCACUAGAAACCAUCAACACAUGUCUUACAAAGUAUCUGGAACAACUGAAGACCCCUGUGGGGACUCUUCUGGAUGCCCUUGGAAACCUACAUCUUGACUCAUCCAUAGAUGAGUCAGUGGUGGUCCCUGACUCCAUCCCAGGAGAGACCCUGGUCACAGGAACCUGCCAUUUGAAGUGUGUGUGUUAUGGCAUUGGGAACUUUGCCACCUGCAUCAUAGCUAGGAACCAGCUAAUGUUUUUGCUUCUCUUCUUGGAAAAGUGCCAGAUUCCCAGAAGUCACUGUUGGGUGUAUGACCCUCUGUUUAGCCAACUUGAAAUCGCGGUUCUUAAUACCCUUGGAGUGACUGUUCUCAGAGAAAAUGAGGAAGGGAAGCGGAGUAUUCGUGGGGAGCCCACCAUCUUUUACAUGCUCCACUGUGGGACAGCCUUGUACAACAAUCUCUUGUGGAGUAACUGGUCAGGAGAAGCCCUUUCCAAGAUGGUCAUCAUCGGGAACAGUUUCCAAGGACUUGAGGAGAGGUUGUUGGCGAGAGUUCUGCAGAAACAUUAUCCCUAUGUUGCAAAGAUUUUAAAAGGCUUGGAGGAGCUGGAGUUUCCUCAGACUUCACAGUACAUGGAUGUAUUUAAUGAUACUUCUGUCCACUGGUUCCCUGUACAGAAGCUAGUACAGUUCUCCAUAGAUACCUGGGCAUUUCGGGAAGAACCAGAUUAUCAGGACUGUGAGGACCUUGAAAUCAUCAGGAAAAAGACAUCUGAUCCUUCAGAGAUGGACUGGAAUGCGCUGUGAUGUGUUCCAUAUUGGCUGAGAUAGAAGCUGCCACCAGAGAACAAGGAAAGGCUAAUGGAGGGCCUGAGGAACUC